AUGAAUGAAAAUAAUCCAUCACAUCAAGCCGCUGAAUACGAGCUUUAUAAAAGAAUAAAGCUUUUAGGCGAAGGAGCAUUUGGAAAAGCAUACUUAGUAGAAGAUUUACAAACCCAUGAAUUAUUAGUCCAAAAGCAAAUGGAUACAAAAAAUAUGAGUCAAGAAGAAAAAAAAGAGACAUAAAAAGAGGCAAAAAUAUUAUAAGCAUUAAAUCAUCCUAAUAUAGUCAAAUUUAAAGAAGUAUAUACAACUAAAAAAGGCAAAUUAUGUAUAAUUAUGGAAUAUGCGGAUGGAGGAGAUAUAGGUAAAAUAAUAAAAGAAUCAAAAGGAAAAUAUUUAAAUGAAAAUUAAAUUAUAGACUGGUUUACAUAAAUAUGUUUAGCAUUAAAGCAUGUACAUGAUAGAAAAAUUAUACAUAGAGAUUUAAAAGGAUAAAAUAUUUUCUUAACAAAAAAUAAUUUAAUUAAAUUAGGAGAUUUUGGUAUAGCAAGAGUUUUAACUAAAACAAUAGAUAAAGCAAAAACAAUGGUUGGAACUCCUUAUUAUUUAUCACCAGAAAUAAUUGAAAGUAAACCUUAUUCAUUUAAAACUGAUAUAUGGUCUUUAGGGGUUAUUUUAUAUGAAUUAUGUGCUUUAAGGCCACCUUUUAAUGCAGAAUCAUUACAUUUUUUAGCUUUAAAAAUAGUUAAAGGGUAAUAUCCACCUAUACCUUUAUCAUUUUCAAAAGAAACAAAAAAUUUAAUUUCUUAACUUUUAUAAGUUGAUCCAUAAAGAAGACCAACAAUUACAGAAAUUUUAAAAAUACAAACAAUAAAUGAAAGAGUUAAAAAAUUUUUAACAGAAGCUGUCAGAUAAAUAGAAUUUUCUCAUACGAUUUUACAUAAUAAAAAAUGUGAACAUAUAGAAUAAGAUGAAUCUAAAUUAGAAUUUCCAGGAGAAGAAUUAUUAGAUAAUAAUAAUAAAGAUAUAAUUAAUUAAAAAAAUGAAUAUGACAAUACAUCUUCUUUUAUAUUAGAUUGUAAAAUUGACCAAGAUGAAGAAUAAUCUAUAAAUGUUUUAGUUUCUGGUUAUAGUGCUUUAGAAGAACUUAUUCUUAAAAUUGAAUAAUCUUUGGGAGAAGAAAAAUUUAAAAAAGCAUAUAACAAAAUGAAACUUGAAUUAAAUAAAUAUAAUGAAUUAGAUGAAUUAGAAAAAAAAUAUGGAUAAAAUAAAUAUAGAGAUGUUUUAGAUUUUUUUACGGAAGACGAAAUAGAUAAAUAUUUAAGAUUAAUAAUAACAUUAAUUAUUAUGGAAGAAAACUUAGCUAAAAAUGUCAAUUGA